UGGCUUGAUUGUCGAUCCUGGACUUUUAAGUGUCCUUGCUCUAGUUACAGGCUUUAGAGGGAAUGUUUAUUACGUGGGUUAAAUUAUAGUAAUAGUUUAGUCUUUUAAGCUUGCUCAACCUUACUUAUGUUUUUAUGGUGCAUAAAGAGUUGGAGGUAAAAUGAUGCUCAUUAAGUCAAUAUUUUUGUAACCUGGGUAAUGCACGGAAUGAUGAGAGGAACUAGCUGUUUUUCUCACAAUCACACCAAGCCUAAACUGGACAGGCCUAAUCUAUGAUAAAAUAAAAAUUUAGACUUGAAACUUGUUGGUAGAGUGACAAUACCGUGUGAUGCAGCUGUUUUUUAUAAUUAAAAAAGGCUAUGGAUAUGAAAUUUUUUCAACAAUGUUUAAGUAUGCUUUGUUUAAUUGCUAUUCUCCUGCACAAUUUGAUGAAUGUGGUGCUAAUUUUGUUUCAAGGAUAAAGAGUUACAUUUUGUUUUACAUUAUUUCUUAUUGGGCAUUAAUUUUUCUUUCCCAAACUUGCUCUAACACUUGAAGCCUAUAUAGGCUUUACUGCAUCACUGCAAUUGUUGUUAAGGAGCUACAAGAGGGAUUUCAGUUGCAUGAUUCAAUGGUGGCAAAAGGCUAGAAGAGCUAUGAACUGCUUUCAGAGUGUUAGCUGUGUUAAAGGUUCCCUAUGCCAACAGUUAUUUUUCAUUUUCUGGUUAUCGAGUUUACAAGAUGCUGCCACAUUGCAGAUUUUACAUGACCCUAGUCAUGUUUCUUCCACAUCUGAGCUAGCUAAUCCACCGAGUACUGCAUUAUUUGAACCUAUAGAAAUAACCCCUGCUGUCAUUCCUAGAUACCCUUAUCCCAACGAAUCUUUACCACCCAUGUAUCCAAGUUUCCCCUCAACAUAUGAACCAAAUUUAACAGGAAGGUGCCCUGUAAAUUUUUCUUCUAUGUCGAAUAUCAUGGGGAAAACAGCAUCUGAUUGUUCUCUACCUUUGGCAGCACUUGUAGGAAAUGUCAUAUGUUGUCCACAGCUUGGUAGUUUACUCCACAUCUUCCAGGGUUACUACAGUGUUGACUCUGAUCAGUUGGUCUUGCGAAAUGCUGUUGCUAAUGAUUGUUUUUCAGAUAUCAUUAGUAUCUUAGCUAGCAGAGGCGCCAACAGUACAAUACCCACAGUAUGUUCUGUAAAAUCAUCAAACCUCACAGGUGGUUCUUGUCCGGUGAAGGAUAUUAACAUCUUCGAGAAAACGGUGAAUACGAGCAAGCUAUUGGAGGCUUGCAGCACUGUUGAUCCUUUAAAAGAGUGCUGCAGGCCAGUUUGCCAACCUGCAAUUAUGGAAGCUGCUUUACAGAUUUCUGGAACACAAAUGAUGCUCAAUGAUAAUAAAAAUAUUGUUGGGGAGACUAAUCAUGUCGAUGCCAUCGAUGACUGUAAAGGGGUAGUACAUUCAUAUCUUUCAAGGAAACUCUCGCUAGAUGUGGCCAACACUGCUUUCAGAAUACUAUCUGCUUGCAAAGUCAACAAGGUCUGCCCUUUGGAAUUGAACCAGCCGUCUGAAGUAAUUAAGGAAUGUCGUAAUGUAGCUGCUCCAAUUCCUUCCUGUUGUAGCUCAUUGAAUACAUACAUCGCAAGGAUACAGAAGCAAAUGUUAAUUACAAACAAGCAAGCCAUUGUUUGUGCAACAAUGUUCGGGUCUAUACUAAGAAAAGGUGGAGUUCUCACAAAUGUUUAUGAGCUUUGUGAUGUCGACUUAAAAGAUUUUAGUAUCCAAGUAUAUGGACAAGGAUGCCUACUACGAAGCUUGCCAGCAGAUGUGGUAUUUGACAAUUCGACUGGCUACAGCUUUACAUGUGACUUGACUGACAACAUCGGUGCUCCGUGGCCUUCAUCAUCGUCGAUGUCAUCCUUGUCUCUUUGUGCUCCAGAAAUGUCGUUGCCUGCCUUACCAACAUCCGAGACGCUGAAAAAUCCCGGCUGCCAUGGAUGCACAUUGGAAAUGUUGGUACCCAUUUUUUCAUUUUUUGUUUUCAGUACAUUUUUGUGCUAAAGAGUCUGUAGUUUGCAGGUUGAGCUGUGAUUUAAAAAAAGUGUAGGACCUAUGUGGUGAAUAAUUUUACUUACAUU